UGUCUAGCUUCAAACCCUCCUGUUUAGUAGCUACUGUUUAGUGCAGGUACUUCUCAUCGUCUUCCGAUUUUUAGACUUCGAUCUUAUUUCUUCCUCUCCUGUCUUUUUCUCGAUGGGGAUCCAAGAUGAAGAAGACACUGUUGCUAUGUUUUAUUCACGGCUUCAAGGGCGGAGAGGAUACCUUCGGUGAGAAGUCCGAGUUUGCUCUUCACCUCGCAGCUCUCGUCGGUGCCGCCCUUCCAAAUGUCUCGGUUCGCGCUGUUACGUACCCGCAGUAUGAAACUCGUGGCGACUUACACGAGUGCGUGGCCCGCUUCCGCGACUGGCUUCUGAACAAAGUCAUUGACAUCGAAGUUGCCAACGGCACACCCUCACCUACUGUCGACCCUUCUGUUCGUACCAUCCUGAUCGGACACUCCAUGGGUGGCAUUGUCGCUGCCGAGACUGCCAUAGCCCUCGCUGCCGAAGUUCCGGUCACCGUUCAGAAUGCCAGCAACGACCCCCGUUCUAGCACCACCGUCCUCAUCGGCGAGCCGCUCUCCAGUGGGCUUAUGUUUCCCUACAUACAAGGCGUGCUCGCCUUCGAUACCCCGUUCCUAGGAAUAUCGCCCGGCGUGGUGGCUCACGGUGCUGAGGGUCAUUACAACAACGCCACGGCGGCCUUGACCCAGCUCAGCGGGCUGUCGAAUAUCUUCUGGGGCAACUACAACGAGGCAUCUGGUAGCAAAGAUGGAAACAAGCCGGUCGCCGCGCUACCGGCACCGGAGCCUAAGAAGAGAGGAGAGCCAGGUCAAAGGCGCGCGAGCACGGGUGGAUGGGGUUGGGGUCGCAUCGCAGUGAUGGCCGGGGCCGCGGGAGCUCUUGCAGCGGGUGGCGCCGCGGCGUAUAUGAACCGGGACCAGCUCUCGUCGGGAUGGACGUGGGUCAGCUCGCACCUGGAGUUCGUAGGAUGCCUGGCACGUGGCGAGGAGAUGCGCGUGCGCUUGGCGAGAAUGGUGCGGCUGGACAAGGAGCUCGGCAUCGGGUUCGCCAACAUGUACACGCGGCUGGGGAAGGCAGCCGCAUCGAAGCAGGUCAGUAUGGUGGGCACGGUGAUGGGCGACCAGAGAACUUUUUGCAACCUUCCAUCAAAGCAGAUGGCGGGAUUGUGGAAGGAGGCUAUCAACGAUAAGACCGGGGACGAAAUCGGGGCGCAUAUGGCUAUGUUCGAGCCAAAGGAGAAUCCCGGUUACCGCAAGUUAUCGGAGGAUGCGAAGAAUUUGAUCGUGAAGUGGUCAUACAAUGAAUGGUACAAAAGCAGUACUAGUCGGGCUGGCUCUCGUUCGCAUUCGCCUGCGGUGUCUAGACGAGCUAGCACCAGUGCCGGCUCCCAUUCACCUGCCUUGUCCAGGAGAGCUAGUACGAGUGCUGGCUCUCAUUCGCAUUCGCCCGCCUUGUCUAGAAGGGCCAGCACUAAUUCUUCUCGUCGACCAAUUCCAGGCAAGAGGGACGGCAAGAAACAACCGAUGCAGAUUGGUGAAGGCGUAUAGCGUAUAGCGUAUUUGGUUAUCACGAGACACGAUAUUCAUAUUUUUAUCUAUAGCUGUCUAUAUGGGAUGGUUCUGAUGAUUUUUUUUAUAGCAUAGCAUUUCAUUCAUAAACACAUAGUUUUCCCAAGGAGUCUCGUAACUCGAGGUCUCAUAACC